AUGAUUCAACUUGCACUUGGCAUUGCCAUCUUGUUGGCGACUGUCCAUGCUGCACCAAGCACCAAGUCUCCAACUGCGACUGUUCGCAACGGAACUUAUUCCGGAGUCCACAGUAGCACAUACGACCAGGAUUUCUUUUUGGGGAUCCCAUAUGCUCAGCAGCCGGUAGGAAACUUACGCUUUACGGUGCCGCAGUCACUGAAUGAAAGUUGGGAUGGAGUUCAUGAUGCGAAGGAUUAUUCUGAUAUUUGUGUUGGAUACGGGACGGACUCUAUCUGGUAUCCUCAGUCGGAAGCUUGUCUCACACUUAACGUGAUUCGCGAUUCUUCUGCGAAGAAAAGUUCCAAGCUCCCUGUCGGGGUUUGGAUACACGGCGGAGGAUUCUACAUGGGAUCAGGAGCCGAUCAACGUUACAACAUGUCUACGAUUGUAGACAACUCGUACAGAAUUGGCAAGCCAUUCAUUGCUGUUACACUCAACUAUAGACUUUCUGCAUGGGGGUUUAUCAGUUCAAGCCAAGUUUCUGACACAGGCAAUACAAAUCUCGGCCUAAGAGAUCAGAGACUGGCACUUCAGUGGAUUCGAGAGAAUAUCGCUGCUUUUGGUGGAGAUCCCGAUAAGGUCACCAUUUGGGGCGAAUCGGCUGGCGGUAUGUCGGUGGGCUAUCAUCUCACAGCAUAUGGCGGCCGAGAUGAUAAGCUAUUUAGAGCUGGGAUUAUGGAAUCCGGAGGCUCAAUUGCGGCCGGUCCAUCAAACUAUACGACAUAUCAGUCAUCCUAUGAUGAAAUCGUUUCUCAGGUCGAUUGUACAAACACAGAAGACACACUUCAAUGCUUGCGAGAAGUACCAUUUGAGCGCCUUAAUUCCGUUCUCAACGGAACAUAUGGAGAAUGGGGAAGCAUCCAACUCGACAAGCAUGAGUUUGUCAAAGUUCCUAUCAUUUCCGGGACCAACACAGAUGAAGGCACGGCCUUCGGACCAAGAGGGAUAAACACCACCAAGCAAUUCUAUGAGUAUCUUACGGAUGGCUCGCUCGACUUCCAAACACCUCCAAAUGUCGCGAGGAAGAUUCUCGAAUUGUACCCAGACAUCCCCUCGCAGGGUAUUCCUGAAUUUUUGGGUGAUAAGCGAGUUCCUUCAAAUGGCUACCAAUGGAGACGUACAAGUGCUUUUUCGGGUGACUUUGUAAUGCACGCAAAUCGACGACGGCAAUGCGAAGCGUGGACGGAAGCCUCCACACCAGCAUACUGCUAUCGAUUCAACGUACGCUCGGCUGAUGUGCCGAUCCUUAGUGGAGCGACUCAUUUUGAAGAAGUUUCGUUUGUCUUUCACAAUAUCGCUGGGCUGGGCUAUCAUUAUGGAAAGCCUUUUGCAGGGGUCCCACAGUCAUAUAUUGAUCUGAGCUCCAUGAUGACGAGUAUGUGGGCUUCAUUCAUUCAUGAUCUGAACCCGAACUCCGGGGUAGUCAAUCAGAGUAUUCGUUGGGGAGUCUAUGAUAACGAAAAGCCAUUGGACCUGUUCUUGGAUGCCAACACGACUAGUCACAUGGAACCUGAUACCUGGCGCAAGGAGGGAAUCGACUAUAUCAACUCAGUUGCCCGAAAGUUCUGGCGAUAG